AUUAUUAUGGAUUAGUAAAAAGUUUAUCAAAAUCUGAUCUAACUCCUGAAAAUGUUCAAAUGGCAUUAGAAAGAAAUUUUGGUGGCACUGAUCGAAAUGAAAAUCCUUGUGAAGUAUAUUUCGAUACAGUGUUAAGAACAUUUAAUAAAUAUCAGAAUUGGACAUAUGAGCCAAUUCCAACAUUAACUUUGAUUAAAGCUAAUUUGGAUGAUGAGAGUGCAAGACAUCUUAUGGUUAUUGGAAAAAGUGAUUCUAUAGUAACUAUUUUGACAUAUCAAUUAAAAGAGAAAAAAUUAGAUCCGGUAGUUAUUUUAGGAUCUCAAUUUCAAGAUGACCAACAAGAUUACUCUUAUAGUGUUUUAAGCAGGAUUAUGAUGUGCGUUGAAUCCGGAAGAUCACUUAUCUUGACAGAUUUAGAGAUUAUUUAUGGCGCUCUUUAUGACUUGUGGAACCAAAAUUAUAUUGUAUUUGGAAGUAAAAAUGAUCCAAAAUAUUAUACUCGUGUUGCAUUGGGAGCUUAUGCAAAUCCUAU